AUGUCUACUCCAAAUCAAACUCUUGGCGAGUGGGCAGCAGAGCUCAACGAUAUUCUAUUUAUGCAAUCAAAUACCGAAGUUGCUCUCAAAGCGCUUUCUGAGCAAGUGGAUCCUAGUCUCGUGAUGAAAAUCAAUCACACUGUCUGCUUGUAUAGCCAGUUUGCGUCAAUUGUUGAACAAGAACGAAAGACUAAAACGAUGUUCAAAGACACAUGGGAUGUGCUUCAUGAAUGGCAGGACCCGGAAAAGAAGGACGGCGUUGUGGCUAUAUCUACAAGAUGGAGGAUCAAGGAUGAUACAACAGGCGUGGAGACGAAGAAGAACAGUUGGGUGAUCUGGGAGAUCAAGCUAGUUGAUGGAAGGAGGAAGCUCACAGCUAUGACCGAAGUGGAAUGA